AUGGACGAUGCAAUCCGUCUCUCUGAGUUCGGAUUGUCUCGUUUCAACUCUAUCCUAGAAUUCUCCAAUAACAAGGCAAAGAGAACUAAUGACAUAUAUACGAGAAUUACAUCAACUUACUCAUCUUACCUCAUGGAGAUUUCCAUUGGCACGCCAUCAGUCAAGCAGUUUGUGGUCCCCGACACCGCCUCGGAAGUCACAUGGACCCAGUGCCUCCCAUGUGUGAAUUGUUACAAGCAAAAUCAAAUCAUGUUUAAUUCCCAAAACUCUUCUUCUUUUAAGGUAUUACCAUGUGGUUCGGAUCAAUGUAAGAAUUUGGGGGGAAAUCGUAUUUGUAAUGAUUUCUCGGAAUCAAAAUGUAGAUAUAAUAUAUCCUAUGUUGGCAAUACAAGCAGUUUGGGAGAACUAGCCUUGGAGACUUACACAUUAGGUGGCACUUCCAUCCCGAAUUUGGUUUAUGGGUGUGGGAAUAACAAUCGCAUGAGUAUUAAAGAAACCACCUCCGGUGUCUUUGGACUUGGAAGUGGGCCUCUAUCAUUCAUUGGUCAGCUUGGCGAAUCUUUCGGUAGAAAGUUCUCAUACUGCCUAGUACAAAAUGUAAGAAGAAAGUUCACCUUACGAAAUGUAAGUAGCAAGCUCAACUUCGGCACUAAAGCAAUCGUGUCUGGGCGUGGAGUGGUGUCCACCCCUUUGAUCAUCAAGCCUUCCUCACCAUUAUAUUAUCUCACAUUGGAAGCAAUCAGCGUAAACAAACUGAUAAUUCCGUUCACAAGAAGAGCUAGAUCCAUGGAAGAUGGGGAUGAUAUUAUUAAAAAGGGUAACAUCUUUAUGGACUCAGGCAUGCCGAUGACUUUUUUGCCGAGGAAUAUGUACCAAACUUUGAAGGAUGCACUUAAAAGGAGGAUUCUUGGCGACAUAAUUAUAAGGCCAGACUAUCCUUGGAUGCUUUGCUAUAAUAACACCAAGAAAUUCAUUGUUCCCUUUGUCACCUUCCAUUUUGAUGGUGGUGCUAACUUAUCUUUACCGAGUACGAGCAUUUUCAGUCAAGGAGACGGUUUUUCAUUUCUGACGAUGGCACCCUCUAAUAAGGCGGCCAUAUUUGGAAACUUUUUGCAAAUGAAUUUCUUAAUCGGCUAUGAUAUUGAUAUUGGGAAAGUCUUUUUCAAACCAACUGAUUGUUCGAGUUGGUGGAGGAGAACAGAUAGUUCAGAUCAGGAGUGGAGCGUGGCCCCAUAA